AUGAAACCAAAAAACCAAAAACCCAUCUUUGUCACUGAUUUGACUGCUACGCAAAGAGUCGGAACAACACCAGCGCAACGCGCUAACAAUAUUUCUAAAGACCUUCGACUACCAACACAAAAGACGGCAGUAGUAACGCAGCCAAAAGAGACUUCAACUUGGAUCCAAGACAACAAAAAGGAGGAUGACGCAGAUUCUAUCGACUGGUCCUUCCUCGACAAGGAACCGGAAACGAUCACCAAGAUGGAAACUGAGAACACCCCGAUUGUGAUAGACACAAUAGUAGUGAAGGAUGAUGUCGAUGUCCACAAAAUCUCAUCAGUCGAAACUGAUAUUAAGAAGAAGAACAGUGAACUCACAAAAUCGUUUUCGACAAUUCCUACACAACUUAAAACACCAGAGAAACCACUCCCCCAAACCACUCCACAAAAAAUCGAGAAAGAGGAAACCGUCAUACAAAUGACUGAUGUGGAUGUUGAGAGUGUGAUGAGUGAAUGUUGUCGGAUGACACAUACCCAUGGGGUUUUGACGUGCAAAAACCUCUUUCCCAUUGUUAAAAAAUCACUCAAAGUGAGCAACGUGAAUUGUUUAAGUACAGUCGAGCAAUUGGGAGAUUGCCAUUUGUGGCGAUUUGAAGCGUUAAAGGAGGUUGGCGCUGUCGACGCACAUGGGAAAUCGACAGAGAGUCACGAGUGGGAAAAAGACGGGGAGUCUGUUAUACAACUUCUGAUGACGCUCACAAAGUCUCCAAAAAAUCGCAUUGCCGCAAUUCAACUUCUUGAAGAGAUUUUCAGUGGAUAUCCCAUGUACUUACAUAGGAUGUAUCAAGACGUGAUAAACACUGAAAUAACAGUCGAGAAAGACGUGCUGAUGAGAAUGAUUGAUAUGCACACCGUCAUGCCACUCGAUUUCAAACAACAACAAAAAGCAUUAGAUGACAUAGUUAAGAGUUUUUGUGAAAGAAAGUUCAUUGACAGAGAUGUGGGAAACGAGGUGGAUGCUAUCCACACAAUGUCUUGUGUUGUUAUGGAAGGUGCUGAAACAACGUUUACAGUUGUUACGAGAAUGGCUGGAGAUAUCACAAAAAGCGCGAUGAACAAGAUAUUACUGAUUGACGACGAGAGGAGUGUGGUGUUGCUUCUUGAGGUAAUUUUUAACUUCCAAAGGACAGAACAAGUUGUUCUGAGCUCUUCACAACAAAUCGAGUUGGAACAAAUUAUGUUGAAAUUGGAAGAGAAGUAUGGGACAGAAGGCCCGUUUGGUGUUUUCAAGCUGUGUUAUGAGGUGUAA